ACGAUCCAUCAACGUCGAGAGAGAGAGAAAGAAAGAAAGAGAGAGAGAGAGACUCAAUUCCAUUCCAAUUCCAAUAUUCCAUUGAACAGUACUCCUUUUGUUUUCUCGAAUUCCAACCUUUCUCUGCACAACCACCAUUACAUCUCUGCAACCUCCUUUUUCAUUCCCCAUUUAGAAGCUAGUAGUAAUUGCAAAGAUAAGGAAAUCAGACCUCCUAUCCCCCACUCACUCUCUCUCUCUCUCUCUCUCUCUCUCUCUAGAAAGAAGGAAAGAGAGAAAGUCUGAUCUCUCUGCCUGCUUAAAUACACAGCUUCCCCUUUUCACUAACUUUUCCUUCAAGCCUUCAUCCCAAGAAAAACUCUGUUUACUUCCCUCUUUUUCCUGCAUUAUUUUGCUGACUACUAGUAGCCUCUGCAAUUCCUUCACCCCUCUCUCUCUCUCUCUCUCUCUCUCUCUCUCUCUUAAUUUUCUUUUGAUUCUUUAUGAACCCUAGAUGUAUGUCUAUCCUACUGAAAAGCCUAUACUCAUCUCUCUCUCUCUCUCUCUCUCUCUCUAGACACACAUGCAAAUCAUAAGGCACUCAUGACAUAAUCUCACCUUGCCCCUCUUCAUUCCCCUUCCAUCAAGGCUUCAACUUUCCAACCCAUUUUCUUUGAGUAUCUUUUAUUUCAUUCCUUAUCUCUCUCUCUUGUGAUCUUUGUUCCCAAGCUCAAACACCAUGAGAACUGGUUCGACAACUUUUCCUGAUCUGUCUUUACAGAUCAGUCCACCGACCAUUUCAGAUUGUGAGGUUAAAGGAAUGGGUUAUUAUGAUGGGUUGAUGAGAAAAUCAUCCUACAGUGACCGAAGCUCAACGACCGAGUCCGGUAGUAGCGGUUGCGGAAGCGAUUUGAGCCAUGAAAAUGGUUUCUUCUUUCCUACAGAGAUGGGUUUCAAUCAUAGUCCUGUUAAGCCCUCAUUGAGUUUAGGGUUUGAAGCUAUGGCAACUUUGAAUCCUCUACCCUUACAACAUCAUCAUCAUCAGAACUACCAACCUCAAAUUUAUGGCCGUGCGUUCAAGAGAAAUUCAAGAAUGAUCAAUGGAGUUAAGAAGAGUGUUAGAGCUCCAAGAAUGCGAUGGACUUCGACUCUCCAUGCCCACUUUGUUCAUGCGGUUCAGCUCCUCGGCGGCCAUGAAAGAGCAACACCCAAAUCUGUUUUAGAGUUGAUGAAUGUCAAGGAUCUCACCCUAGCUCAUGUGAAGAGUCAUUUGCAGAUGUAUAGAACAGUGAAGAGCACUGACAAAGGAACAGGUGAAGGGCAGACAGAUAUAGGUUUGCACCAGAGGACAGGUGUAGUUGAAGUUGAUGCAGGAUUAUCAUGUGAGAAAGCUGAACCCAACCCUUCUUAUUCUAUCAACCCAUCACCACCACCACCAAAAAUGCAAAAUGCCCUUAGAGGUUUGUUGUCAUCAUCAAUGGAAACACAAGGAUGGACCCACUCAUAUCAAGAAAACACAUUAAGUUAUUCUCAUUUUGGAGCAAAUGAUGCCAAGGUGGAUGAACGUGGGGCAGCCCUCCACAUGUCUGUCAGGGACAAGGAAAAUAUGGAUUAUAGCGCAUUGUCAUCUUCCGACAUGUUGCUUAAUCUAGAGUUCACUCUUGGGAGGCCGAAUUGGCAAAUGAACUAUGCUGAAUCUUCAUCAAAUGACUUGACAGUUCUUUAAGAGUUAAAAACACUAGCAAUUAAAACAAACAACCAUGAUGUUUUUUUUUUUUUUCCCUUCUUUUUUUUGGUUUUUGUUUUUUCGAACAUGGAUGAAACCCUUAAUGUUCUUGAAUUUGCUCCCAUGUUCGUCAAAUUUUGUCUCUCAGACUUGAAAAGAAAGUCGAGGGUGUUAUGAUUCUCUUAGAAGAAUCAUUUGUAGAAGUGAAAAGGUUCUGGGACAUAGCUAAGUGACAUGUCUGAUGAUUUUCCUCCACAAUAAUUAAAAAAAAGAAGAAAAAAGACAAUGUUAGAUGGUAAUAUUUUAGUGAGAAGACCAAGAGAAUAUUCCCCAAUCAUGGUGACAAUUAUCAACCAUGGUCCAUGUAACAGUAAAUUGAUGGUCUCUGACUGGCAUGCAGGUGGGUCUGGCCUGAGCACAAUCAAUUCAUGAGUGUACCAAUUUUACAUUGUCUUGAAUUAUGGGAUUAUAAAGGGAAGUUUCAGUGAUUCUUCUUA